GCUCGGCCGGCCUGGCCUCUGAAGAGGAGGGAAGAAGAAGAAGAAAGAAGCGAGGAAGAAGGCAGCCAGCGAGCAGGGCUUCGUCUGGACGCCGCCGCCGCUUCUCCUCCUCCUCGAGGCCUCCUUCCUUCCCUCGACGGCGCCAUGUUCAACGUGGAGAGCCUAGAGCGAGCCGAGCUCGGGGAGAGCUUGCUCACCUGGAUCCAAACAUUUAACAUCGAAGCACCAUGCCAGACUGUAGAAGAUUUAACCAGCGGAGUUGUGAUGGCUCAAGUCCUUCAGAAGAUAGAUCCAUCAUACUUUGAUGAAAACUGGUUAAACAGAAUCAAAACAGAAGUAGGAGACAAUUGGAGGCUAAAGGUGAGCAACCUGAAGAAAAUAUUAAAAGGAAUUUUGGACUAUAACCACGAGAUUUUGGGGCAACAAAUAAAUGAUUUCAUCCUUCCUGAUGUCAACUUGAUUGGGGAACACUCAGAUGCUGCUGAGCUUGGAAGAAUGCUUCAGCUUAUUUUGGGAUGUGCUGUAAACUGCGAACAAAAACAAGAGUAUAUCCAGACCAUCAUGAUGAUGGAGGAGUCUGUACAACAUGUUGUCAUGACAGCCAUUCAGGAGUUGAUGAGUAAAGAAUCUCCAGUCACUGCUGGAAAUGAUGCUUACGUUGAUCUUGAUCGUCAGUUGAAGAAAACGACAGAAGAAUUAAAUGAAGCAUUAUCAACCAAAGAAGAAAUUGCUCAGAGAUGCCAUGAACUGGAUAUGCAGGUUGCUGCAUUGCAAGAGGAGAAGAGUAGUUUGCUAGCAGAGAACCAGGUUUUGAUGGAACGCUUGAAUCAGUCUGAUUCCAUAGAAGAUCCCAACAGCCCAGCUGGACGGAGGCAUCUGCAGCUACAGUCACAAUUAGAACAGCUCCAAGAGGAAACUUUUAGACUAGAAGCAGCAAAGGAUGAUUAUCGAAUUCGUUGUGAAGAGCUUGAAAAAGAAAUUGUAGAAUUGCGGCAACAAAAUGAAGAAUUAACAAAUCUGGCUGAAGAAGCCCAAUCUCUAAAAGAUGAAAUGGAUGUACUAAGGCAUUCCUCUGACAAAGUGGCCAAGUUAGAAAGCCAAGUGGAUUCAUACAAGAAGAAGCUGGAAGAUCUUGGAGAUCUACGAAGGCAAGUUAAACUCCUAGAGGAGAAGAACACGAUGUACAUGCAAAACACUGUAAGCUUGGAAGAAGAGUUGAGGAAAGCCAAUGCAGCCCGCAGCCAGCUGGAGACAUAUAAAAGACAGGUAGUUGAACUUCAGAAUAGAUUGUCUGAAGAAUCCAAGAAAGCUGACAAAUUAGAAUUUGAGUACAAGAUGUUGAAAGAAAAAGUAGACAGUCUGCAAAAAGAAAAAGAUCGCUUAAGAACAGAAAGAGAUUCACUCAAAGAAACAAUUGAAGAGAUUCGUUGUGUACAAGCACAAGAGGGGCAGCUUACUACAUCAGGGUUGUUGCCACUGGCAGGUCAGGAGUCCUCUGACAGUUUAGCAGCAGAAAUUAUUACCCCUGAAAUCAGGGAAAAGCUUCUUCGUCUUCAACAUGAAAACAAGAUUCUGAAACUUAACCAAGAAGGAUCUGAUAACGAGAAGAUUGCCUUGUUGCAGAGCCUUUUGGAUGAUGCCAAUCUUAGAAAGAAUGAACUGGAGACAGAAAACAGGCUUGUAAAUCAGAGACUGCUGGAAGUACAAUCUCAAGUUGAAGAAUUACAGAAAUCAUUACAGGAGCAAGGCUCGAAAGCAGAAGAUUCUGUCAUUUUGAAAAAGAAACUUGAUGAACAUCUUGAAAAACUACAUGAAGCUAAUAACGAGCUCCAGAAGAAACGAGCUAUCAUUGAAGAUUUAGAGCCUCGGUACAACAAUAGCUCACUCAAAAUAGAAGAAUUGCAAGAGGCUUUACGUAAAAAAGAAGAAGAGAUGAAGCAAAUGGAGGAACGAUACAAAAAAUACCUGGAAAAGGCUAAAAGUGUUAUCCGUACUUUAGAUCCCAAGCAAAACCAGGGCUCAGCGCCUGAGAUUCAGGCACUGAAGAAUCAGCUGCAGGAACGUGAAAGAAUGUUCCACUCUUUAGAGAAAGAGUAUGAAAAAACGAAGAGUCAAAGAGAAAUGGAAGAGAAAUACAUUGUCAGUGCCUGGUACAAUAUGGGAAUGACUCUCCAUAAAAAAGCGGCAGAGGACAGACUUGCUAGUACAGGAUCAGGACAGUCCUUCCUAGCCAGACAGAGGCAAGCCACCAGCACAAGAAGAGCAUAUCCUGGCCAUGUUCAGCCUGCGACAGCGAGGUAGAGGCCAGCCUUGCUUUGCCUUUUGAAAGGAAGCCAUCCUGGAAUCAACACCGACUUCUAUUACAAGUUACAACGUUUCAGGAGACUUAGCCAGCAUCUUUUCUGUAUCUCUGUCUCUUACAGUUAACUUCUCAUUUCAGGAAGGGUUUUUUUUAAAAUGAAAAUUUUUUCUAUGUUUUAAAUUCCCUUCGCGCUCGCUCUCUUUUCUUUCUUUCUUUCUUUUUUGGAGUCUUCCUUUUGCCUUUUAUCGUGCCAAAAUGUUGGGAAACACCUAGUGAGGUGCAGAAAUGAAAACUCUCCCUUCCCUUGCUACGUUUGUAUAAAUUGUCAAUUUUUCACCUGAAGUCUGAGGAUGACUAGAUAUCAGACUUAGAGGUCUUGUUGAUGAAUGAGAUUGCCAUCCUUUCAAAGGCUGCCAUUGUAUAAAGGGAAUUAUUAUCCUUCUCUUUCUCACUCUUCUCUUGAACUGUUUAAAUUAUGUAAUGCGAUUUGCAACAGUGAUGAUUGUGAAAUGUAUUCAUUGCGAAGGUCUGGAUGCUGGCCGAGGUUGCACCUAUCUGAUUCAGCGUGUGAUCACAAAUUUGCCUUAGAUUGUGGUUACUUUAUGUUUUUGCUUUAAUUCAGAGGGGAAGGCUAAUUUUUUGUAUCUUUGUUUGCCCAUCUCUUAUAAUUUUUGCUGCUGUAGGUUUAAACCGUUGGAAGUGCUUGUUCCGUUCUCGUUGGUAUGGGCUUAAGGUGGAAAGUGGCAACCUUCCCCCCCCCCCCCCCACCCAUUUGUUUGCAUGGCUAGUUCUUCUUUUCUUUUUCCCAUUGGAUUGUAACCAAGUGAGGAUCUGGAAAGCCAACCUUUUCCUUGUUCCAUAAUCUUAACCCACUCUUGCUUGGAAAUUUUAGAAAAUGUGGACAGAUAAUAUGCCUCUUAAUGUAUAGUCACAUCCUACAAAUGGGGAAAAGUAAAACAUGAUCAACCAUGUAGAAAAUGUUUCUUUGGUUUCCCAUCCCUAGCAGGUCAAUUUUGGUCAAACCUUUUUGAUGGGUGCUGCUUAUAAGUUGUUUUCCACCACUGAAGACUGUUUUGAUAGGUCAGUAAGGAGGACUCUUAUUAAUUGCCUUUUAAAUGGUAACCAGUGCCUCCAGACAAGCUGAACUUGACAUGAGAAUCUGCUGUCCUUUUGUGCCAAAUUGCAAUCUGUGCAAUUACAGAUCUUUCUCACAAAGCAAAGUUAGCCUUUCAAGUUCUGAUCUUGCCAAGAACUGAGCUCCAGAGAUCAAACCAUUCAUGGUUGAGAAGUGUGGAAUUAUUCGAGCUGUUUCCAUUCAGAUUCACUGUUAACAGUAACUGGAAGGUUUUGUUGAAAAGUGUUGUAUGUAGAAAUAUUUUAUUAUGUCUAACUUCUCAGCAAAACAAGUUGUAUAUCCUUCCAAAUGUAGAUCAUGUUGACUUUUAAAAAGUAUUCUAAGAGCCUUUGAAGGGGGAAAGGGUAGGAGUGAUGCCUUCCACCUGGAAGUGCAUCUGGAAUAUGUUAUAUUUAGAUUAUAAAAUGUAUAACAUACCACUUUUUUUGCAAACCAACACAGUACAUCCUAUUAAUUAAAAAAUUAGUAACCUUGUCAUUUCUCGCUGCUACCCUUUUGAUUCCAGUUAUUUGAAAAGCAAUGAUUAAAGAAAAUGCAUUAACCUUGGGCCCUCUGUAAGUGUGGUUUCAGUGUUUGGUGAAGUAGAUCAGAUUUUCCCCCUAGUAUGCAGAUAAAUGUUUACUUGAUGUUUCCCCAUGAAGUAGCAAAUUAGGAGUGGGAGAAAGAAGCUUUGAAAGUGAAGUAUAUAUGUAUGUGUGUAUAUACACAUACAUGCAUACAUACAUAUACACACACACAAACAUACAUGCACAUAUACACACAAUUCUAGAACUUACUGUGGAAACGGAAAACAAUCACAGCAAACUAUUUAAAUUAGUCACUUCCACUGGAAGUUGCUGUAGAGUUGUGCUAGAGGAUAUAGACAUUUCUGGAGAGGUAUCUGGUCCUACUUUGCAAUGUUAUGGUAACUUCUGGAGGAAGCAUACCAUAGAAUUGCCCAAGGGACCUAGAAAAUUCCUAGAAAGGACAGAAUUUGCCAGGUGUGGAUAGGUGGAUUUGGGGGUCAGGGGGUUGUACUGUACUAGCAAUAUUACUUUAUGAGCAUCCUAUCAUUUUAUGCAAAUCAAUUCCAUCAAGGAAUUAACAGCUUGAGGAGGAAUAGCUGCCGAUCUUAAGCCACAUCUGCAAGGAUCUCCUUUCUAAAUACUUGAUCUUAGCCAAAAGUCCUCCUCCACCUUAAAAGCUAGUCUUCUUUCUAUAAAAUUGUUUUGAAGGCAUUGUAAACAUUUUCUAACCCCAACACAAUUUCAAGUGAUUGAUUGGGAGAAAUUUUGAUUCCUCCCAAAUGGGGCCAGCCUACUGAUAACAGGAGGAUUUCACUUCUGCUUGGCUCAAAACAAACAACAUAGUAAAAAUCAGUAGAUUUAUUAUGACAUUUUUGGUCCCAGCUAUUUUUUUUAAACUGAGAAAAAUCUGUACAUAAGAAAUGGGUGAAAUUUGGGGAAAUUGCUUACAGCUGAUUGGGUGCAAAGCAACAGCAAUGCCUGCCUUGUAGGCUAGUUUUGUGUAGAUAAGCAACUACACAAAGUUGCUUAUGUACUUUAUGAAAGUACAUAACGGUUAUAUUUGUUUAGGGCAAUACACAGGGCACCCACUAUUCCAAGAACUGACAUAGAUGUAGUUGUAUAAAAGGUGUAACAUUCUUAUUUUUUUCUGGUUGCUUGCUUUUUUAUGCAAAUAUAUAAAAAAGAUAUUGAUUGCACGGGGAAAGAAUGGAUUUUUGUUGUCCUCCAGACCAUUCUGCUGUUCUGACAAAACUAUUUUUCACUGUUUUUGUUUCUUUACUGCCUUUCUUUUCAGUGUGGACUGGUAAAGACUUUGUCUGCUUUCCAUGGCUUGCCUUAUUUCUGUUUAUCAUUAUUUUGUGUUUCUUACUUAGUAUGUCAGCAUAUAGUUUUUUUUACUUUGGUUUCUUUCUUGCACUGGAAAGGGCAGGGCCAUCUUAUUCCUGCAUCUUAUUAUUGCAGGAUGUCAAGGUCUCGCCACAUAAAUGUGCCAUUUGUUUUUAGUUUGAUGACUUGAGAAAAAACUGUGAUUUUAAAGAUCAUAGAAAAGCAUGGAAAUCAAUCAUCAGGGAAAAAAUUCAGUAAAGGCUAGUUGCUCUUUAAGGACCUAUUGAAAUUAAUAGGAGAUUAGUUCUUUCAUACUAAAUUAAGUGCUAUUAAUUUCCAAAGGGUUGACGUGGGACAGAUUUUAUCUGGCUUGUGGGCUAAUUUUGUGGCAAAAGGAAAACCUUUUGAGUGGAAUGGGAACUGUUCUUAAACACCUAAAUUCUACAAGUUUUAUAAGGAAUUUCACAACUUUUUCUUCUGAUAACAGUAUUGGUAGUAGCUAGUUCGUUCUGUUUGUCAAAAGUGUAUUUUGAGUAGGAAUUGACAGAUACGUGAAGUUUAAUUCAACUUAUUUUCCAUAUUAAAAUUCAUUCUGUCCUCAUAAAAAUUGGGUUUUUUUUUCCAAAAUCUGCAGAUUUUGAUAUUCACUUAGAAGAGAAUGUGUUGGGUUUUUUUUAAAAAAAAAUGCUGUGUGCACAUUUGCAAAUUUAUAGUUUUGUAGUAUUACUUAAAUGAAUAAAACAUUUCUGUCUUUCUUCCUUCAACUGUAUGCAUCCCAAGCUGGAAAUCUGUAGAUUUCAGUGCCAAGCUGGAUUCUGACCUGUCUUUAGUCCUGUUGUAUUUAGAUUUGUUAAAUUCACUUGGAAAUGUAAACCCAACAAUUUUGGUUCUAAUUAUAGGUUAAAAUGGGCCAGGCAAGUGCAAUGGCUACUGUUGUAAAAAUAGAGAUUUUUUUAAAAAAAUAUUUUUGUCCCUUGCAUAUUUAGGAGCAUAUUCUCUCAGCAGUACUAGACAUGUUCAAUGUAUCUCUUAAGUUUGGAUAGACUUGUCAUUUGAGCAGUUGUUGAUUACCUGUCUCCAAUAGUUUGUUGCAGUUUGGGUUUGGGUUUGCUGUAUAGUAAGUAAGCUGGUUCAAAUAAUCUUGUACUUAUGCAAAAUACAUUUACUUGGUAUAUGUUAGGUUUUGAAGAAUUAUAUUUCCUGAAAUCUUACUAUAUGAUAACUUUAAAAUUUGGUAAAUAUUCCAGAAUAUUUCUUUCCUACUUAUGUUUGCCUCCCAUUUCACUACUUUAUUAGAAUUUCUCAUUUUGUUCCAUUGAAUAAGAUGUUUUAAGAGGUAAAUAUAAAUUAAUACACACAGGGCAUAGGCUAGGAUCCAGUUACGUACUUCUGCUGGGUCCCUCAGUUUCCACCAGAAUUGGCAACCCCAUCUUCACCCUGCAGCUUCUUCUCAACCCUCACAAUUUGCUCUGAGACACUGAGAACAUUUUUAAUGGCAUGAAAGACUGGUGUGGGGGUUGUCUGUAAUUUAAAUUGGAUAUUAAAUAUGUUGUGCAUAAUUACCAUUGGGUAUUGGAAAUAGCGGCUUAAAGAACUGUGCAGGAGGGAGCAAGCUUGUUUUCUGCUGCCCUGGAGACUAGGAUGCAGAACAACGGCUUCAAACUACAGGAAAGGAGAUUCCACCUGAACAUUAGGAAGAACUUUCUAAUUGUGAGAGCUGUUCGGCAGUGGAACUCUCUGCCUCGGACUGUGGUGGAGGCUUUUAAGCAGAGGCUGGAUGGUCAUCUGUCAGGGGUGCUUUGAAUGCGAUUUUCCUGCUUCUUAGCAGGGGAUUGGACUGGAUGGCCCAUGAGGUCUCUUCCAACUCUAUGAUUCUAUGAUUCAUCAAAUCAAAAUAAUAAGGGUUGCAAUUCUACAUUGGUUUCAAUGGCAAAAAUCUCUAUGUGUAUGUAAGUGCCUUCAAGUCAUGAAUCAACUUAAGGUAACCACAUGAUUUUCACAGGGUUUUUUUUAGGGAAGGAGAAUUUAGAGGUGAUUUUGCUCUUGCUUUCCUCUGAAAUAUAGCCUACAGCACCUGUUAUUCGUACGCCUUCAUAAUAGCUCAACAGGAUACCAGUUGAUAUUAUUUUACAAGUUACAGGCACACUAAAUGUGUGAUAUUUCUGGUUGUGUUCUUUAACAUGAGGCCUCUGCUGGCAGAAAGGCAGCGUUGUUUUUCUUAAAGGAAGUUUUAAUUAGGUAGAGGAAAAUUUUUAGUCUUUUUUAUCAGGAAAUCUCAAAAAUAAUAAUUCACUUCAUUUUAUGGCUAUGAAGCUAGAAUGGGAGCACUCCACAGAUGAGGCCUGCCUUGUGCCUGUGAAUUGUCACAUGUAGGUAGGCCAGAUUUGGGGCCAGCAGAUUGUGUGCCCCGCCUUUUUUCUUGCAAAAAGAAUUGGCAGACUGGAUUGUGAUAAAUACUCUGUUUUGGCCUGAUUUUACAUAAGAGGGCCCGCGUUUUAUCUUACAAAGUUCUUCAUGGUCCUCUAGCCAGUAGGUCUAACUUCACUGAUGCCAUAGUUGAUGACUAUAUAUAAGAUUCUAUCUUGCAGCCCAACUUGACCUGUAAGUUGGUUUGGUCUCAUACACUGAUUUUCUAAAAUGGAUCAACUUGAACCGUACUAGUCCAUGAAAGCUUUUGCCAUAAGAAAUCUGUUCAUCUUUCACUUGCUGUGGUAAUCACUGUGUUGAAGGGCAACAUUAUUCUUAUACUGCAGCAAAUGUCAGUUUGACCUAAACCUUUCGAAAACAUUACCUAGGCAGAUCCUUAACUGGAGAGAAGGUCUUGAAUUCAGAUAGAAAGAAGCAGCCCUUGUUAGUAUUAAUGUGGAAGAAGCACAACAUGGAACAUUGGAAUAUUCUGCCUAAAUGUGAUUUUUUGGGCCUUUUCCUGCCUUUUCUAGAUGAAUUAAAAUUAUGUUGGUGUAUUAAGGGGCCAGCUCUAACAUGCCUGGUAGGAUCCCCUCGCAGCAGCCAGGCAGGAAGAUUUAUUGUAUAAACUUGUGUACAAGUGAGAGCCAAAAUUAUGGAGUUUGAUGUGACCCGUGGAUAAGUUGCACCAAUGCCAACUGCUGCCACUUUCCCUCCCAGGCAUUAAAAAAGGCCAGAAGUGACACAAUGGUAGAGGGGGUUGGUGCUUAUUUGCAAUUCUCCCAGGAUGAACUAAGCUAUUACUUUUUGUCACUCUUCUCAACGGAGAUGGUCUCUUUUUUUAAUAAGAGUUAAGGCACAUUACCUACAUCGCCUGUAGAUAAAUUAACUUCAGUUGAUUUGUUGACUAACAUUUAUAGAUUUAUAAAUGAGUAUAUAGGGGUAAACUGAAUAGCCCUUUGAACCACCUGGUAUAGUUAUGUGCAAGAUAUUGUUAGCUAGCCAUUUAUGAGAGUUUAUUAGCAGAGUUCUUUCCAACUCCUAAUGCAUUAAUUUACAUUGCUUGAACCUGUUCCAUUACUGUCAGGAAUCUAUAGCUUAUAAAAUUGGCUGAUUUGUAGUUGAACUCUAUAAACUGUUCAGACAUCCCAAAUGGCACAGAAUGGUUCGGAAUAGGGUUUGGUCUUGGUAGUUUCCCCUUCCUUUCUUCUUUCUCCCUCCCGCUUUCUUUACCAUCUUAAAAUAGCAGUGAAGGCAACUUAACCUCGCUUGAAUUUAAACUUAUAGUAAGGCUGCCCUGUCUGUCACACUGUUUAUUAAACAAGGGCUAUUCAGUCCAUGCCUUUUUUCCCUGUGGAAAUAUAAAGCUGUUACCACAAAAUUCCUGGCCUGUUUUUCUGAGAGACGAUUUGCUGGCAAGGAAUUUUAUGUCUGGGUGCAACCUUGCUGUCUCUCCUUUUCCCUUCCAAAGGAAUAAACUUCAGAGGCUGCAAACGAGAGCAUCUUCAUAUUCACAAAAUCUAGGUGGAUUGUGAAGCGCCUGUAGCACUUAAUAUGUUAACUUUCCUUGCUGCUACUAUUUCUCUUCACAUGCAUUCUUUCUAUCAACAGUAUUAACAUGCAAGCUUUGCAACAACUCUAGUUUGCUAAACUAGAACCGUUUAAACGUAACAUGUGUUUUAUUAAUGCACCUUUGUUUACUGCUAUGAUUUUAAAAGUGCACUAAAGGAGCCAUGUUGUCCAAUGCUAUAUAUAUAUAUAUAUAAGUGUAUGUAUGUAUGUAUUUAUCCUUUUCUUUUUAAUUUCAGUAAAGCCAAGAAAGGGUUUUCUCUUGGAGAGAACAGAUAGGAGCAGUGCCUGACCCCUGCUGCUUUUUAAAUUUAAAACUCCAAGCCUUGACGCCUAUGCAAUAUUUUAUUUAUUAAUGUUGCAUAAUGUCUUAAUGUGUAUGAUUUCUUUCUUUGCAUUUUUCCCACCUCUUCUAGGAAACUUAUGCAUUGCCCUUAGGGGUUUCUUUCCCUACCUUUGUAUAUGUGUACAAGCAGCUCUAAAAAGGAACUUGAAUUGAGAUCACUAAUACAAAAGGAGCAUUCUUCCUUGACGUCAGUGUUAUCCCCAGUAUCAUCUUAGAUUACUAUUUGAGUUACCAGUAUUUAUCUCAAGUUCCCUCCUCCUCAUCCCUGUUAACUUCCUUUCAGAUUGCACUAAUGCGUCUUUCUUUACCUUAUGAAAUAGCGCUAUUCUUCAUGUACAAUAUGUUGACAGUAUAACUUGGAAUGCUUUGUGCCGCCUUUUAAAAUGAUUUAAAGCUGCUCUUUUUCAGUUAUACUCUUUAUGUAUCUGCUUGUGCUGCCGUAGGUUCCGUUUUGUGUCAAGGCAGAUGUAGGAAAUGUGGCAGUAUGAUAGACAACCUGAGGGAAUAUUGUUUUGUGAACGUGUUUGUGUCAUAACUGUUACGUUUUCCAUCCCAGUUUGGGAAGGAGCCUUUUAAAGCCUCUAGCCAGCGACUAAUUUUAUGCGAGGACUGCAUUGAAGGAGGGCCGGAAGGUAGGCCAGGCAGUCUGUCCCAUUCCCUUGUCUCUUUCUUGGCAGCUGAGAUUGCUCUGGAACAGACAGGGGAACAGAGUCUGGAUUUUCCUUGGAAGCGCUGGCUUUCUACCUCUAAGCCAUAGGAUUUGUAUUAGGGCUGGGGAAUCUUUGGCUUCCCAGCUGUUGAACUAGACUGACAGCUCCUGCAAGCCAAGUCAAUAGUGAGAAGUACUUGGAGUUGUAGAUUUCCAAGAUCUGGAGAGCCCUACGGUCCUCAAUUUUGGACACAUGCUCAGUUGAAGAUGAAACUGGAACUAAGCACUGAUGUAUGCCCAGAUGAAGCCAUUCACUUUUCUUGAGCAUACGGUGCGAUGAAAUUCAGAAUGGAUGACUUGGUUUUGAGCAUUAGCAGGUGUCCUAACUCUAGAUAAGUUGGUCAGGACCUAAGUUUGAUGUUCCAGAAAAGAAAGACUCGUUCCUCCCCACAUAAUCAAUUCUCAGCCAGGUCUUUUGUAGCUCUGAGCAAAUUGCUCACUGACAUGCAGAUCAGAGUGCUGCAAGUCUUCUCCCCUGUUCUCUGUGCUCCUUGCUCAACUGCAGGUAUAUGGAGGAAAGGAGCCAAGGGCAGGGCUGCUUUUGUUCUGCUGAGAGCUCAGGUUGAGUAAGGGACAAUGAAUAACAUUCAUUAUUGCUACCUAUACUGUAGGGAUACCUCUUGCAGAUGAAGAUGUUUACUUUGGGGAGAGGUUGCUAGUGGAAUCACUUGUUGGUUGCUGGCUCAGUUACUUUGGCAAAUUUAGGCAGCUGCGCUUAACUGGACCUGGUAGUUGAAAAAAGUUUUGUCUUGCGAGUUUGACAUUCAGUAUUGAAGCUCCUUAGCUUGGUUGUUAAGUACCAGAUACUCAGAAUGGAAGGGGGGGUCUGCUGCCUUCAUUAUUUAGCCUACCUCCAACUACAUAUUUAAAGAAAACACCUUUGCCUUCCCUGCAUAAUCAUGUCUGUUAGAUGUUGGCAAGGCAUUGCCAUGUAGUUGUGCUGUGCGGCUGUGCUGGAGGCCUUUGUUGUGUGUGUCUGUGUGUUUGCCUGUGUGUUUGGAACACACGUGGCCUGAUGUUCAAGUUGGCCUGAGGUUGGCCACUUUUAGGGUCUGCCUGCCAAAGCACCAUAGACCACUAGGUGUAGACGAACGUGAAGUUUGGGGCUUACAACCUUCAGUAGGCGUUGCUGUCCGACUUUGAGAGUUUAAGUUUUGUUUUUGGCAUCACUGUCGUGGUGCUAUUGCGAUUUUCUGAGAUGCUAAGCAUGUUUUCAAGCAUAUCAAUUAACUGUGUUUAUGUAGUAUUCAGUUCCCUCCCCUUCAUUUUGCAAUAGCAACUUGUUUGACUGUCCUAAACUAGGUGUUGAUUGGUUACCAAAAUGACUGUUUGUGAAAUUGGUAUUUUUUUCUGUAAGAGAACUUCUGAAGAGUACCAAAUAUUAAUCCCCACUUCUUGCAUAUGAUUUCUUACCAUAUCACCAUGGUAGUGGUUUUAAUACUUAUUUGUGUGUGUGUGUGUGUGUAUACACACACACAAAGAAGGUAAUAAUGGUUUUAAGUUCAGACAUUUUGUUUUUCCCCAGUUUAAAAGACAAUGCUUCCAAGGCUACAAAACUAGUGUACAGUUGUUAAACAAGUUGUAAAUAAAGGCUUAUAUAAAA